AUGACGGCGGAUUCACUCCGCGAAAGACUGCGAAGUCGAAAUGCAGAUACAUCUCUGUUAAAUACAUCACAGGCCUCUAAUCGAUCUGCAUUUGAAGACAAACAGUCACCAGUGUGCAAAUCUCGUUAUGUGAAUGAUAAUAAAAGAAUUGAAACCUUGAGAGUUGCCACUCUGGAAGCCAGAAUCAAAUGGCACGUCGUCCUGUUAACCAUCUUCUUCGUCGAUCACUUCAUUCUAAACUCAACACUCACAUCUAUCAUCAUUUUCUUCGGAUCGUUCUCUUCUUCAGUGUCUUACACCGUUUCCUUACUUAUUAUCAUGUAUUCAUUAAUCAUGAUUGGCUCAUUCAGUUUUGAAAUCAAGUUUCCGAAUGCUUUAAAAGAUCUCGUACAGUCCAAGUCACCAAAGAAAACAGUUGCUUCUACCCCAGUAUCUCCGUCUGCAAAUGAUAGUCAACAAAUUCUCGAUACAAGUGUCCAUAGUAAUGAUCUUUCUUGGGUCGAUUCUCAUCGUUUCGGUACACCAUCCUUCAAAUCAAGUCAACUUCAACAAUCUCCUUCACCAAAUAAAACGACAUCUCCAUUUUCACACGCUCUUGUUAAUACUUCGAUCUCUGAUACAUCUGGAAUAUUGGACGAUAGCAAAGGAGGAUGGAAAAGUCCAGCGGCAUAUGGAAAACCAACAGAGAGUAUUCAUACGAGAAAGCAACUUGAUGUUUUAUUGAAAUCAAACAAGAACGAUGCGCCUAUUGAUUUGAACGCAUCGCAAUCAUUCUCAUCAAUCUGGAGUGUUUUCGAUUUGGGACGUAAUGGAACGAACAAUGCCAACAAUACAUACCAACUUUCGGAAGAACUCACCGACGAGACGAAUGCAAAUUCUUCUUAUCGUAUGAAAAUUGGCAAAAAUGGAAGAACAGAAGUCAAAAUGGUCAGACGUGGCAAGGAUGGCGAGAUUGAAGAAGAGGAUGAAGAUGAAUUGAAUCGUCUGCAUAAAAUAAUGAACGCAGCUAAAAAUACCCCGGAGGGAAAGACUGGAAUACUGAAACGCUCUAAUUCAAUCGACCGUGCCGGAAUUCGUAGUCGUCGUCGGUCCCACGGAUCACCAGAGAGAACAUCAGGAUCUGAAAAUGAAAUGAGAUAUCGAACUGGAGAAUUGUUAACGGAAGAGCAACAGAAACGAGCAGAGUUCUUGACACGUGCCUGGAUUCGUAGCACUGUUAUACUUCCACUGGCUGAGCAUAUCGAUAAAGUGAACAAACUUCUCGACAAAGAACACGCGAAUCCUCCUUUGCGAAUUGGCUUAUCAACUGUCGAUGCUCUCAAACUGGCUGCAAUCGAACGAGAUGCAUUGAAAUCAUCUGAUCUUCCUUUCCUUCUUCCGUUUCUCAGUGUUCACAACAAUCAAAAAUAUUUGGUCAACCGAGUCAAAGAAUUGAGUGCAACUCAGUUCAUGGACGUCUACAAAUGGAACUCAGGAGGCUGUGAACCAACUGAUGAUGUUAGCCAGAUGAGUCGGCUUAUCCGACGCGAGUGGAAUGACUCAUUGCCAACUGACGGUGUUCUCGUAUUCGAUCUUUUCCUGGCAUAUAUGGAUGCUCAACUCAACUCAAAUUGUCUUGUGGGAGAUAACAGACUUGAUCAGCCGUUCACCAGUCGUUUCUGUGUGAAAAGUCCUCGCAAGCCAACUUCAGCUCAAAAAUCUCCAUACAGUUUCUAUCUCCAUAUGGUCACACAGUCUCCCCCACAUUUCGAAGUCGUGCAUAUUGACGAGAACGGAUAUGCAGUCAAAUGCAACAUCCUUCGUCAAAACCCUAACCUUUUCCGCGCUAUCGCUCAAUUUGUUCAUUUCGUUCAACAAGAAAACCAUGGAUACAUCGAUCAAACCUCAAUCGGUCCAUCUGGAAUCAAUAUGGUCGUUGUUCUUGCAUAA